AUGGCCCAACUCCUUGGCGUUGAAUACCAGUUUACUAUAGAUACCCGUGAAAGACCAUUUGAAGGUAGUGAGUGUGUCAUCGUUGUCCUCGAAGAUGCGGAGGAGCCAGCCAAAAUGGGCUGUUCGCUUCUCUUACAGUUACACCAGUUCCUAUACCAUGCAUGGAAAGGAGCAGAGAUACAUCAGGCCAUGGAAGAGAACAGAAUAACCGGUAUACCAAAGCUCAAACGGAGUCUUGUCCGAAUAUCCCAUAACGAGAUGAGGUUAUUCGAUCUAUUGCCCACACGGCAACAAGCCUACUUAAGCUACAUUACCACCCGUAUAGACCAGGAGAUGAAGAGUGCCAGGGAUAACGAGCUACCCAGCGCUACAUAG